CUCUCAAAGCUGUGCGCCACAAAGCAGGACAGUGCCAGGUACAAGCAGGACGAGCGCCAACAUGUCUGACUACUUUAUCCGUCUCUACAAGGACUCUGACUACCGUGAUGCCAGGGACCUGUUUGCCUGCGGAAUUAUAGAGCACAAAGACAAAGCCUUCCACCACGCCAUACGGCUGCCCCACAUCUGGCUCCCAGCAUUGGCGGUGUUGACCCUUCCUGCACUAAACCUUUUGUCUCUCACAGUUUCCAUUCUUACAGUUUCUAUAGGUUUAGUCACUGUAUGGUUUUGUGCCCGUCACAUGUACACGUCCUACGUAGAUUACACCCUCUCCGAUGACAUGUUGGACAUUGGUAAAUAUUACCUGCAGCGGGACGGCUACAGCUUCUGGGUGGCGGAGUCAACAAGCGGUGAAGUCAUGGGCACGAUCGCUGCUCUGCCUUCUUCUGACCCCGGAGGAGAAAAACAUCUGGAACUGAGACGACUAUCGGUGGCCAAACAUCACAGAGGAAAAGGGAUCGCCAAAGCUUUAUACAGGACGCUCAUUGACUUUGCCCGAAAGAGAAGCUGUGACGCCGUGGUCCUGACCACCACAUUAUCACAAAAGACUGCUUGGAAGAUGUACGAGAAGCUCGGCUUCAGGCAGACACGCACCUUUAACCCUCCAGGUCUCCUUGGUAAAGUCCUGGACUUCAGGAUCCUGGUCUAUAGAUAUGAUAUCCCAUCCCAGGAGUAGGAGACUCUAUAAUAUCUGCCCAAGUCUGCUCAGUGAAAGAUCUGCUCAGUGAAAGAUCUGCUCAGUGAAAGAUCUGCUCAGUGAAAGACAGUUCAAUUGUAAAUCCAAGUGAUAAGAAGUAAAAAAAAAAUGGCACUCACCAUCAUCCAUUUUCUUCUCUUUAUAAUAUCAAAAAGUGAAGUUAUACAUUCGACAUUUUCACCCGGCAAGGUGCGCCGUGCUCAGUGAAAGAUCAGCUCAGUGAAAGACAGUUCAAUUGUAAAUCCAAGUGAUAAGAAGUAAAAAAAAAUGGCACUCACCAUCAUCCAUUUUCUUCUCUUUAUAAUAUCAAAAAGUGAAGUUAUACAUUCGACAUUUUCACCCGGCAAGGUGCGCCGUGCUCAGUGAAAGAUCUGCUCAGUGAAAGACAGUUCAAUUGUAAAUCCAAGUGAUAAGAAGUAAAAAAAAAAUGGCACUCACCAUCAUCCAUUUUCUUCUCUUUAUAAUAUCAAAAAGUGCAGGUAUACAUUCGACAUUUUCACCCGGCAAGGUGCGCCGUGCUCAGUGAAAGAUCUGCUCAGUGAAAGACAGUUCAAUUGUAAAUCCAAGUGAUAAGAAGUAAAAAAAAAAUGGCACUCACCAUCAUCCAUUUUCUUCUCUUUAUAAUAUCAAAAAGUGCAGGUAUACAUUCGACAUUUUCACCCGGCAAGGUGCGCCGUGCUCAGUGAAAGAUCUGCUCAGUGAAAGACAGUUCAAUUGUAAAUCCAAGUGAUAAGAAGUAAAAAAAAUGGCACUCACCAUCAUCCAUUUUCUUCUCUUUAUAAAAUCAAAAAGUGCAGGUAUACAUUCGACAUUUUCACCCGGCAAGGUGCGCCGUGCUCAGUGAAAGAUCUGCUCAGUGAAAGACAGUUCAAUUGUAAAUCCAAGUGAUAAGAAGUAAAAAAAAUGGCACUCACCAUCAUCCAUUUUCUUCUCUUUAUAAAAUCAAAAAGUGCAGGUAUACAUUCGACAUUUUCACCCGGCAAGGUGCGCCGUGCUCAGUGAAAGAUCUGCUCAGUGAAAGACAGUUCAAUUGUAAAUCCAAGUGAUAAGAAGUAAAAAAAAAAAAUGGCACUCACCAUCAUCCAUUUUCUUCUCUUUAUAAUAUCAAAAAGUGCAGGUAUACAUUCGACAUUUUCACCCGGCAAGGUGCGCUGUGCUCAGUGAAAGAUCUGCUCAGUGAAAGACAGUU